AUGAGCAACGAAACGUGCAUAAUCGAGCUUCCAAAUGGACCGACCCCAUUCCGGUCAACAGCUGUCAAACCGUACUACACUGAGAUCGACAAAACGAAAGACGAAGCCAGCCCCGAUAAGACCACUACUGAGGACCGCACCCCGGAUGAAGAAAACGAACCUAUACCGCAUGAAACAAUUCCUCCACCACCUGCGGUCGUGAUCCCACAAUACGAACCCGAAGCAAGCAGCUUACAGCGCCCCCAGCGAGAUCGCCGCUUACCUACACGGUACAGAGAAGAUUACAUGCAGCAUACGUUCCUAGGCGAAUUCACGAAGGAGCAUGAAGACGAAUCACGUCACCAAUUCGCAGCUACCGUACUAGCCCGAUUCGAAGGUUCACAGCAGAAAGAGAUCAACGGUUUGCUAGAACGGGGUGUAUUCGAAUACGCUCAAGAAAAAGAUAUACCACCGGGCACGCGUAUAUUUACUGCAAGAUUCGUUAACGAAGUGAAAAAUAACGGCACCGACAAAGCCUUUGAGAAAUCGCGGCUCGUCGUACAAGCCUACAACGAUGAAGGCAAGGAGUACGUACUAACGCAGUCACCGACAAUACAACGAGCCAGUCAACGUAUCAUUCUCUGCUUCGCUACGAUCAUGAAAAACGUACGUUGUUACAUUCGCGACGUCACACAGGCCUAUAUUCAGUCAACAACGAAGCUCAAUCGUGACUUCUAUAUACGGAUCACACCAGAAUUAGCACAAUAUUUUCCCGGAGGUACGUUUCUCAAAGUUGUGAGACCUCUUUACGGCAUACCCGAAGCAGGCAAUCACUGGUUUCGUACCUAUCACAACCACCAUACGGAAAACCUCAAUAUGGACGUGUCCACCUACGACCCAUGCCUCUUACACUGCUCUGAUUCGAAGCAAGGAUUCGGUAUUAUCGGCAUGCAAACCGACGAUACACUAAUCGUUGCGAAUGACACCUUCGCAGCACGUGAAGAAGAAGAGAUCCGACGUGCGAAGAUCCUCUGCAAGCCCCGUGAACAGCUAACAACCGAUAAUCCACUUAAAUUCAAUGGUGCGGUUGUUACAGAGACUGCCCAGGGCAUUACCCUCACCCAGAAACGCACCUGCAGCCAUAUUCGGCCCGUACAAGAUCAAGCCGCGGAUACUACGAACUCACGUGGCAAAGUACGAAAAGAUGCCACACCGCAAGAGCAGUACAUUGCUCAGCGAGCUCUCGGUGCGUAUAUAGCUUCAAUGUCACAACCCGAAGCUUCAUUUGAUCUAUCGUACGCAGCGCAAGCUACGGAUCCACAAAAAGACGAUAUCAAAGCCUUGAAUAAACGGCUACAAUGGCAAAUUGACAACCCCGAACGAGGACUACGAUUCGUUGAACUAGAUGUACAGACCCUACGGCUUAUCGCAUUCGUCGAUGCUUCAUUUGCAAAUAAUAAGGAUUAUUCUUCACAACUCGGCUACGUUAUCGUACUAGCAGAUGAAGCAAAUAACGCGAAUAUCCUUCAUUGGUCAUCUACGAAGUGCAAGCGAAUCACACGUAGCGUACUUGGCUCAGAAACGUACGCACUAGCUAAUGGAUUCGAUGCUGCAGCUGCAAUCAAGUCAACCCUUACGCAGCUACUCCAUCUCACUGAACCACUUCCGCUAAUUGUUUGCACCGAUUCGAAGAGCUUAUAUGAAUGCCUCGUCAAGCUCGGCACCACACACGAGAAACGCCUUAUGAUCGAUCUCAUGUGCCUCCGCCAAUCGUACGAACGACAAGAGAUCACGGAGGUCAGAUGGAUUGACGGCAACAGCAAUCCUGCUGACGCCAUGACAAAGAGCAAGCCGUGCCACGCUCUACAAGAGCUUAUUGAUACGAACAAGCUACGUAUCAACGUUGACGGAUGGGUGGAGAGAUCAGUUACGACGCGCAGCCCCGAACCGAAGGCUGUAAGAUUCGCUACACUAUUGGAAUCACCGAAGCAGUAG